AUGUGGAAUUCUAGUGGUAUCAAGGACUAUUUCAAGUAUCCUUCCGAUUGCAAGUACAGCCUAAAUCUGGCCGACUAUGUCAUUACUCAGCAGCAGAAGGCAGUAUUGAAGAGUUCCACCGCCACUCUUCAACAAGUGAUGGACACAGCAGACGAUAUUGGAUUUGAAGCAUUCAAAAUGCUCUAUGAGUUAGAAGGCAUAGACCCCAAUGUUGCAAUGAAAGACAAUUCAGGUCGAGCAAAGAAGAACUAUGUUGGAAUGGGGAAAAGAGUUCGAGCCUACAAGAAGUAUAUGGCAAGCAAGAUGAUGUCUGAUGCCCCAGGACCAAAAGGAAAUGAUCUCUUGGAACUAGCGAUUGUUCCUCGAGGCACAAUUGCUAGUAGAGCUCAAGUAGUUCCAGACCCUCCUGCUGCUGGAACUGGACGUUUUGCUCCAAUCUCAGCAUACUUUAGCCGUACUAAUGACAAGUAA